AUGUCGCAGGAUAGAGCGGAGAAAGGCCAAGGUCCUAAUGAGACUCAACAACCUCUUUCCCAGCCUGCCCACAGCCUCACCUUUACAGAUGUCAUCAAAGAACUGGGUACAAACUCCGAUGAUGGAUUGACUUCGGGAGAGGUCAAGCAAAGGCUGGAGAAAUAUGGCGAGAACAUGUUGGAAGGAGACGAAGGCGUCUCCCUCGCCAAAAUUGUCAUUCGACAGAUUGCCAAUGCCAUGAUGCUGGUUCUUAUUAUUGCCAUGGCUGUCAGUUUCGGUAUCCAGUCCUGGAUUGAAGGUGGUUUCAUUGCUGCCGUCAUUGCCCUCAACAUCGUGGUCGGGGUUUACCAGGACUACGCAGCGGAGAAGACCAUGGACUCACUGCGGUCCCUUAGUUCACCUACCGGUGUCGUCUCUCGCGAUGGCAAGACAUCCACUGUGCCAGCUAACGAGAUUGUCCCUGGUGAUAUGGUCGAACUGAAAGUGGGCGAUACUGUUCCCGCUGAUGUCAGAUUGGUGGAAGCAUUCAACUUCGAAACCGAUGAAGCCCUCCUCACAGGCGAAUCACUACCAGUCCAGAAAGAAGCCGACGCCACAUUUGACGCCGACACCGGUCCAGGUGAUAGACUCAACAUUGCCUACAGCUCAUCCACCGUGACUCGCGGCCGUGCCCGUGGAGUCGUUGUGGGAACGGGCAUGAGAACUGAGAUUGGAGCUAUUGCCAUGGCCCUGCGUGGAACAGACUCGAAGCGCCGUCCUGUCAAGCGUGGCCCUGAAGGAGAAACCAAGAAGAGAUGGUAUAUUCAGGCCUGGACUUUGACUACUACCGAUGCUAUUGGACGGUUCUUAGGUACUAAUGUUGGUACGCCGUUGCAACGGAAGCUGUCCAAACUUGCUCUUCUGCUGUUUGCAAUUGCUGUGAUCUUUGCCAUUGUUGUCGCUGGAUCUAACAAUUGGCGCGGAGAUAGCGAGGUCAUCAUUUAUGCCGUCGCUACUGGUCUGGCUAUGAUUCCGGCUUGCUUGGUUGUUGUAUUGACUAUCACUAUGGCUGUCGGAACAAAGCAAAUGGUGCAGCGACAUGUCAUUGUCCGGAAACUGGACUCCUUGGAAGCACUUGGUGCUGUCACUAAUAUCUGCUCAGACAAGACUGGUACUCUCACACAGGGCCGCAUGGUAGCCAAAAGGGCUUGGAUUCCCUCUGUGGGAACAUACUCGGUCGGCGCCUCGAAUGACCCCCUCAACCCGAGAGAAGGCGAUCUGAGUCUGGUACCUGAGCAGCCGAUCAAACUUGACGAAAAGUCCACCGGCCAAACUGCAAGCCCAGACGACUUGCUGAAGGAUAACGAUGCCCUCAAGGAAUAUCUGGACGUGGCUGCCAUGGCUAACCUGGCCCAUAUCCAUGAAACCGCGAACGACGGAUGGCAAGCUCGUGGCGAGCCUACAGAUAUCGCCAUUCAAGUCUUUGCCUCUCGAUUCAACUGGGGUCUGGACCACUGGACCAAGGGCGAUAAGCCUAUCUGGCAGCAACAGGCCGAGUAUCCAUUCGACUCGAGCGUGAAGAAGAUGUCAGUGAUCUUCUCCAAACGCGACGAGGGCUCAGAGAAGAGCCGCGAGAUGAUCUUCACUAAGGGUGCCGUUGAGCGAGUUCUCGAGGCCUGCACCACGAUCAAGUGGACGGCAGAAGCCUCCCCCGUCCCACUUGACGACGAAAUCAAGGACGAGAUUCUGGAGAACAUGGAGGCUCUGGCCAAAGAGGGUCUUCGAGUUCUCGCCAUGGCCGGUCGGGAGCACACAGCCGGUACGAAGGAAGGUGGCGAGCCUCUUCCCCGAGAAGAGAUUGAGAAAGACCUGUCAUUCUAUGGUCUCAUCGGUCUCUACGAUCCCCCUCGUCCCGAGACAGCCGGAGCCAUCAGCCAAUGUUACAAGGCUGGAAUCUCUGUCCACAUGGUCACUGGUGACCACCCCGGAACUGCCCGCGCUAUUGCAGCACAGGUUGGAAUCAUCCCUGCCAACAUGGAUACUAUUGCCAAGGACGUCGCCGAUGCGAUGGUGAUGACUGCUUCUGAGUUCGACAAGUUGACCGAAGACGAAAUCGACAACUUGCCCACUCUUCCAUUGGUUAUUGCUCGCUGUGCACCUAACACCAAGGUCCGUAUGAUCGACGCUCUGCAUCGUCGUGGCAAGUAUGUUGCUAUGACUGGUGAUGGAGUCAACGACUCUCCGUCUCUUAAGCGAGCUGAUGUUGGUAUUGCCAUGGGCCAGAAUGGUUCUGAUGUUGCCAAGGAUGCAUCUGAAUUGGUGCUGUCCGAUGAUAACUUUGCUUCAAUCAUUAACGGUAUCGAGGAAGGACGUCGCAUUUUCGACAAUAUCCAGAAGUUCGUUCUGCAUCUUCUCGCUGAGAACGUUGCCUUGGCCCUCACUUUGCUUAUUGGUCUGGCCUUUAAGGAUGACAGCAACCAGUCUGUCUUCCCUAUUGCGCCUGUCGAGAUUAUUUGGAUUAUCAUGAUUACCUCUGGUCUUCCUGAUAUGGGUCUGGGAAUGGAGAUUGCCGCUCCAGAGGUGAUGGACCGGCCCCCACAAAGCAAACAAGGAAUUUUCACUUGGGAAAUCAUCAUCGACACCUUGGUCUACGGAGUUUGGAUGGCCGCCCUUUGUCUCUCAGCAUUCGCCCUCGUCAUGUUCCGCUGGGGCGAUGGAAACCUCGCCAUGGGCUGCAACACCCAAUACAAUGACCCAACCAAGCCAUACGACUGCGACACAGUCUUCCGCGCUCGCGCCACAACAUUUACUUGCAUGACCUGGUUCGCCCUCUUCCUCGCCUGGGAGAUGAUGAACCUCCGCCGCAGCUUCUUCCAAAUGCAGCCCGACUCAAAGCGGCGCUUUACCCAGUGGAUGCACGAUAUCUGGCGCAACAAGUUCCUUUUCUUCGGUAUCAUGACUGGAUUCGUUCUUGCUUUCCCGAUUCUUUAUAUCCCCGUUAUCAACCACAGCGUCUUCAAGCAUAGCAGUAUUUCCUGGGAAUGGGGUAUUGUCUUUGUUGAGACGGUUCUCUUCUUCCUUGGUAUUGAGAGUUGGAAGUGGUGCAAGCGUGUUUACUUCCGUCGUCAGGCACGCAAGACUGAGGCCGCGGGUGAGCAGCCUGGUGGUGAGCGUCGGGGUCUGAGAGACUUCAGUCGUUACACUACCAUGGACCGCUCGGAUACCCAGGCUAGUGACAUGAAGGUUGAGCGGUCUAUGGUUUAG